AUGUCGUCGGUAUCUGAUAUCUCAAAGCUUUUUCCGGCGAUGACGCUGGAGGAGGAUGCAUCGGUGAAGGAAGAAGAGGAGGUGGAGCAACAUUUGUGGAGGAAUUUCAUCGGUGUAAUGGACACGUCAGGAUGGAUCUAUGUCGAUGAGCGGGUUGGGAAAGACAGAGGGCCGUCGCGGAUGGGUGUCCAGAAGCAGCAGAGCGGUGUGAAGAAGAAGAAGAAGUUGAAGAAGAAGAAGAAGCGGAGGCGACGUAUCCCGGAUAACUGGUUCACGGCUAUAAUAAGAUAUCCGAUUGAUAAUUUUGUUGGUGGUCGGGUAUGGCUGGGGGUUUAUAGGUCACCGGAAGAAGCAGCUUUAGUUUACGAUCGGGAAGCUUUUAGGUUUUACGGCUCCAAAGCUAAGCUUAAUUUUCCCCAUCUUAUCGCCACCAACACCAAGGAGCCGAUGGUGGUUCCUCCUGUCCGUCAGAACAACAACAACAACUAG